ACGUGGCAGGCACAGUACAGACUUCAGUCAAGGGCAUGGGAGAAGGGCAUGUUAGAGACAGGUGUGUGAGCCAGGACUGCCCUCAACACCCUGGCUUCUCACACCUGAGACGUUCUGUUAGGUGUUCAAAUUACGGAAAUACGCUCAUGCCUGUGCUGUUCUGCCAGGAGGAAGCUUGGGGCAGGAGCCGGGCCAAGCAACAGCUGGCACAAUAUGGAGCAUCGGAGCAAGAUGGAAUUUUUCCAGAAACUGGGCUACAGCCAGGAGGACGUGGUCAGGGUGCUGGGCAAACUGGGUGACAGUGCCUUGGUCAAUGACGUGCUUCAAGAGUUGAUCCAGACCGGCAGUCGCCCAAGGGCCCAGGAGGAUCCAGCCAGUGGCACCGGGGUAGUGCUGAUUCCCCGGGGAUGCUGCGGGGUCCAAGACUCUGCCCAGCAGGGCCUGGGACCAGGCCUAGAAGAGGCUGGCGGAGAUCCAGCCCGCUUCCUGCGGCCCAUAGUGAUCGAUGGCAGCAAUGUGGCUAUGAGCCAUGGAAAUAAAGAAGCCUUCUCUUGCCGGGGAAUUCGUCUGGCUGUGGACUGGUUUAGAGACAGAGGACACACCUACAUCAAGGUUUUUGUCCCAUCUUGGAGGAAAGAGCCAUCAAGGUCUGAUACUCCUAUCAGAGAGCAACACGUGCUGGAGGAACUGGAGCGGCAAGCUGUGUUGGUGUAUACCCCAUCCCGCAAGGUGAACGGCAAGCGAGUGGUCUGCUACGAUGACCGCUACAUCGUGAAGGUGGCCUAUGAGAAGGAUGGCAUCAUUGUCUCCAAUGACAACUACCGAGACCUGCAGAACGAAAACCCAGAGUGGAAAUGGUUCAUCGAGCAGCGGCUGCUCAUGUUCUCCUUUGUAAAUGACAGGUUCAUGCCUCCUGAUGACCCCCUGGGCCGCCGUGGACCAACACUAAGCAACUUCCUAAGCAAGAAGCCAAGGCCCCCAGAGCCAUCCUGGCAACACUGUCCCUAUGGCAAGAAAUGCACCUACGGGGUCAAGUGCAGAUUCUACCACCCCGAGAGACCACACCAUGGGCAGCUGUCUGUGGCCGACGAACUCCGUGCCAAGACGCGGGCCUGGCUGGGUGGUGGCGCCGAGGAGCCGCGGACACCGAGCGCCCGGAGCCGUCCUACAACAGCCCGGCUGCUUCCCCAGGAGCCCGGCGAGCACGACCUCCCGCCAGCCCCGCAGCCCGCGGUCCUGGCAGCUUUGAAUAGGAGCUUCGCUCGGCUCACCUUCAGCGACACCGCGGCCAGCGGCGUCGUGUCUCAGUCUCGUGGGCCGGACUGGAUGCCCACGGGUGUCCCCACGUCCUGGGCCCCACCAUCCCUUCGCGCGGGCAGCGCUGCCACCAUAGGGUUGCCAGGUAUGCGGAGCCUCCGGACUCCGAACAACCCGCUUUCUCCGGGCGAUCUCGGGUCUCCAAUCUGCCCACAGGCCCGGCUGUCGGAGAGACACCGUUCCAGGGACAUGCACAGUGACCUGCCUCCCCAGCGCAGACCGCUGGAAGAUCCGUGGGCUCUCCUGCCCAGCUCCUAUUGUUAUCUGAACCACUCGGUCUGGUCCGAGUCGGCUUGGGGUGAGGACAUCUUUAGAGGACCUUCGGAGUCAGCACAACCUGUCGCCAAUGGUGGGGGAACACGCCCUGUGCACUGCAGCUUCUUCCCACCUGACCAAGACCACCCUGUGAUGGCCUCGGGUCCUCCGCUCUCCGACAUGGCUCUGCUCACCCUCCUGCAGAGAUCCCAAAAGACCGGUGCUCCGUUGGGGGAUCCUUAGGAGACAGGUUCAUAACAUUGUAAGGGGUGGUGGCCCAGGCUUGACUGGCAGCUUGGACGGGUGGGAUACAAGACGCUUGUUAGUCUGGAUGUGUCAUUAGGUUGGACGCCGUUUUCUUCAAAGGUAGUCGGUGGAGACUUCUUUCUCAUCCUCAGUGGUGGAUACCCGUGGGGACCUUGGGGAUGCUCCCUGAAGCCAGGACCUGCUGCAUGGACAGGGUGAUUUCUGCUGUGUUUGGAAGGCUUUGUCGGGAAUACAUCUGUAUCUGGUUCUAAGCAUCUACAAAUGUUUCAGCUGGUCAUCACCGCUAAUCAAGGAGAUCAAGCUGAGUUUGAUAUAAACUCUUGUUGUGUAAGUGUGUGUGUGUGUAUGUGUGUGUGUGUGUGUGUGUGUGUGUGUGUUUAGAAUUCUAGAAAGCCAUGAGAACUUAACAUGUCAUUGUAGUUGAAAGAUUGAAAAAGGCUGGUAAAUCAGUCUUGACUUUUGUGGUGCCCAAUGAUGUUUAACAUACAUGUUCAGGUGACACGAGAAGGAAGGCAUUGCUGCCUGAGUUUACAAGUCACUAUUGAUAAUUUCACUCAUAAGGGAACCCAGCCUUGUUGUGUAAAUUUUACUGUGGGGCUGUCCCAGGGACACCUGAUCCCAAGGGUCUUCUCACUGGGGCUUUAUUCUUUUUGUACAUGCAUACCAUAUUACCCACACAUCACAACACACACAUACACACACACACACACAUGCAUGCACAUGUACACAUGCACACGGCCUUGCUUAAGACUCAGCCUGGCUCUUUUUUUUUUUUUUUUUUAAUCAGCCUUUCUUUGUGGUGAUUUUAUAAACUCUUCUAAAUUGCACCUUACAGAGAUAAGAUUCCAGUCUACCCACCACCCCCUCAAAAAACAAAAACAAACAAAAACAAAAACAACCCAAAAACCCCAGCAACAACAAAAAUCAGUUUUUGGGUGGGUCAGCAUAGAUUUGGAUUCCGGCGGAGUUUUUUGCAACUUCACUUAGUUGUGUCUUCUAGAUAACUUUGGCUCUGGGUUUUGGGGGAAAAGAAGCUCAUUCAUUUACAAGGGACAAGAAAUGAUACGGUGUUUUCGGGGCAUGGGCCCAGCAUCCUGAGGGACCCCUAGCAUCUGUAGGCAGCACCCAUAUGUUCCAAUUACAAUGGUAGCCUGCCAGAUUGUAACUCAUUUGUUCAUGAGGGAGUUGGUAGUUCACUUGGUCAGAGAGAGUCAGAAGGGACCUGCCAGUGGGAACUCUUUGCCAAAGCCUCCGAGCCCCUGCAGUGUGAUAGGUACAUUUGGGAAACACCCCUUUAUUACUAGUCACAUUUGUUGGCAUAGCAAAGGUAUGCCUCAGGAAAAACUCGGCUGCGGUAUUCAUGGUAAACUCAACUCCUUGGUACCAGGGCAGCCAUAUGGCUUCCUGGAAGUCCUCCCUCUUUUAAAAACACAGUCUUAGCAUGGCUCAUUAGAGAUCGUUCCUCACCUCCUUUUCAAAGCAUGUGCUGUUCUCAGAGUGUUGCUUCUACCUUUAGUCCCCGGUCCUGAAGACGGUCCACUCUUUCUAGAUCCUUUGAAUUUUUUCCCUCGAGUGCGUGUGUGUGCCUGUGCAUGUGUGUGUGCAUGUAUGUGUGGGUGCAUGUGUGUUUGUGUGUGUUUCCUUUCCACAAGACUGUUAGAGUAGGUGUAGCCUUCUGACUUAGAUGGCUAUGUUGUUAUGUCAGCUACCGCUUGCUUCUGCUCUUCUCCGAGACUGCUACCUGCUGAGAGACCCUUGAGACAUUCCAGAGACAUAUCCUAUCCUACAGGCUGACUCCAGGCACCAAGAAUGGAUCAGCGGGGGAUGGGCCUCCCCACUCCCCCUUUUAAGCACAUUCUCUUAGUAAACUUGCCGGCCUUGAUUAGAGAAAACUUGUCUUGGCCUCAUUAUUUCUCUUGCAGUCUAGUCUCUUUCAGCCCCAGCCUGCCUUCCAGAAAUACUCGGUUCAUUUAGGCCACGGUUCCAUGCUUCGAAUCAAUGCAUUGCAAAUUGAUAGUUGGGAACGUUUAAACUGCUCCUCUGAAGGCAAGUUUGAGUUUUAGUAAGCUGUAAAGCUAUUUUAUUUGGUUCACUGUGAUUAAGCAAAGUACAAGAGGGGGGAAAGGAGGUGUGUGCGGGGGGGGGGGACAACAACACAUCUCGGAUGUAAUCACCUUUGGAAAAUUCCAAAGUCUUAGUAUGUCCUUGUGACACAAAACCGUGGAUGAGAGACAUAGAUGGGCUAUCUCUAGUUGCAUAACUGUUACCAUGCUCCAAAAAUAAACCACCUUUUCCACACCUGGA